AAAUUAAAAAGAUCGUCUGUACUGUUCAAUUAUUUGAUUUGACGUUGACUCUUUUGAUUGAUGACAUGACAGACCUGACACGUUCGCAUUUAGGUUAGGUUACAUAUGUGACACACUGUCACCGCGUACACAAUGGGGAAAAGGGGGCUUAAAUUCGGAUCUUUUUUCACAGUGAUAUUUGUGUUAAUUGUCGCCGUUUUAUAUAUAAAUUACGACAAUGGGCUUCAGAAACGUUUAAUGGCUGUUUUGCAUGGAUUAGAAAGGUUAGAAAGAAGGUAUGAAGUCACUGGCAAACCGAAGGUUGCAAUAGGUUAUGGAAUCUGUACGGACGUCUUCGUCGACGCCAAAGACCUGCUCCGGUAUUCCCUCAGUGUAGGAACUCCCAAGCAUUUCGACGAAAUUAACACCGACCUGGAAUUGAAAAAAAGUUUCGCCUACUAUUUUCAACAUGGGGCUGCUGCAGAACGAUUCAUGGGAAAUAGUGUCCUCUUCGACGAGCUGGUUGCAAAAGCUCGAGCAGCAUCCACCUCGUAUUCGACAAUCGGUGGAAAUGCAGCUGUGAUGGCGCUUCGAUUUGUGAAGGAGGGGUGCGAUGUUGUCCUGGCGGCAAAAAUGACGCGAUCUCUGCAGCAAAUGAUGCCUGGAGCAAUUAAAAUUGUGGGAGGCGAGGCCAAGCGAGACGAUAUUCAUUUAAUUCUCGAGUACAAAAGUGGCGAUUCUUGGGGCCCGUACACGAGCGCGAGAGCCAAUAGGUACAUUGUUCACAACGACAACAACAAUCCAAUGAUAAGUGCACUUGAAGACCUCGACAAAGUCCUGCCGGACUUUAAACCCGAUUUACUAGUCAUCGGCGGUCUUCAAAUGAUGGACAGUUUUCCCUUCGAAGCAGGUGUUCGGUCUAGUCGAUUGGAUAAAGUUCACAAGCAAAUGAUAAGUCAGCCAAAGUCGACGCGAAUCCACUUCGAAAUGGCCUCGUUUGUCGAGCAGGAUCUGCUCAAUGAGCUCUGCAACAAGGUGAUUCCGUUCGCUGACAGUCUGGGCAUGAAUGAGCAGGAAAUUGGAAAUCUGUACAACUCUCUCUUGUACGGAAACAUAUCUCUGGUGACGGACUCAACUCCGCGAGUUGCCACCAUUCUCGACCAGAUGAGAAUGCUCUUCAAGCUUAUUCGCAGCAAAGGAAAGACCGUCGAGAAUUCGAGGGAAUUGACUCGAAUUCACGUUCACACGCUUGCCUAUCAAGCCAUUUUUACCGUGAAAAAUUCGUCCUGGAAGAAUACGGUCGCUGCGGCUGCGAAAGCUUCACUCACUGCACAUCGACACGUUUGUGGCUCGCAAGAUGUUGAUUUGCAGAAAGCAACUCUAAUAAUGGACGAUAGUUUUUCGACGUCCACAAAAUCCGGUUCAAGAAUCCGUCUUGACGAAAACCGUCCCGUCUCGUGCUGGGACGAAAGUUUCAAUAUCGACAACAAAUUCAUAGAAGUGCAAGCUUGCAUCGCGCCAGUUCUCGUUUGCACAGAAGCUAGUCAAACUGCCGGAGGCGGUGACAAUAUUUCAAGUGCAGGACUUGUCCUGCAAAUUUAAUUUCUACCAUAAAAUUAUUGGUAAUCGAGAAAAAACGAAAAAAACUCGGCCUGGGAACUAACUUAUCGAUCGAAAUCCAGAUAAGUUCAACACCAAUCGUUUUGUUUUUUCUAACCGCUUCAUUCUCACCGGAUUCCCAAAGUUUUGCCGAAAUCUUCCCACCAAGUAGAAUAAAAAGGCCCCACUCAUAUUUAGUGUUUUAAACAAAUCAAUUUUCAACCAAAAAAA